AUGGCGGGUGGCAGCCUCGAGCACAACGCUGAUCCCAACGGGACUACCAACGGCACCGGAGGACCGAUCAACAAUGACUGUUCUGAGGCGAAACCACUGAACAUAGUGAUAAGCGGAGCAGGUAUCGGUGGCCUCUUCGCUGCGAUCUCUCUACGACGAGCAGGACACCGGGUGACGAUCCUUGAGCGAUCGAGUUUCAACCAGGAGCUAGGCGCUGCGGUGCAUCUUGCGCCCAACUCGAACGGCCUGCUUCGCCGUAACGGCAUCUACGCUGAAUCCUUCGGGGCGAACCUGAGCCUCAAGUUCAAUGAGUGGAAGCACACUGGCGAGCACGUCAGGGCCCUGCCCCAUGCGGCACACCUCUUCCAGCAUCCCUGGCUGCUAGCUCAUCGCGUGCGGCUGCAUGAUGCCUUGAAGAAGCUUGCUGUUGCUGAGGAUGGGGACGGUAUUCCUGUGAGACUGGUGCUCGCGACGAAAGUUGAAAAGUUCGAUGCUGCGAGCGCCACGGUCGUGACAGUGGGCGGGGAGACUUUCAGCGCGGAUCUGGUCGUGGGCGCGGAUGGUGUACAUUCCAUCGCGCGGCGGUAUAUUCCCGGUGGGGGAAAUGUGGAAGUAUUCGAUUCUGGAAAGUCGGCGUUCAGAUUCAUUAUCCCGGCAAAGGGGGUGCGGGAACAUCCGCUUGCGAAUCAAUGUGUCAGAGGGCCAGGAGAGCUCAGCGUGUGGUACAGCAACGACAGGCGGGUAGUCAUGUACCCGACGAACGACAACGAGGAGUUGAACUUCGUGUGCAUCCAUCCAUCUAAGGAAACGGACGCCAGCGGAGACUGGAACAAUGAAACGUCCGUUGAGAGUAUGUUGAAGGUGUUUGACAGUUUCGAUGACAGUAUCAAGUCGCUGUUGCGCAUGGCCGAGCCGUCGACGCUAAAGGUGUGGAAUCUGUUAGAUAUGGAGAAACUGCCGAGUUUCGUGGAGGGCAGACUGGCGUUGAUCGGCGACGCGGCACAUCCGUUCACGCCACAUCAAGGACAGGGUGCGGGCAUGGCGAUCGAGGACGGAGCCAGUCUUGCGGUGAUGCUACCGUUCGGGACCCGACGAGAUGAAGUCCCCGAGCGGUUGCAGCUCUACAACCAGGCUCGGUACGACCGAGCGCACAUGAUCCAGCACUUCAGCCGGAUUGUGGGCCAGGAUGACGACGAGCGGACCGAGAGGGUCGACAUGGCGAAAUUCACGUUCGUCAACUUCGGGCACGAUGAGGUCGACCACUCUUCUCAGCUGCUCCGAAUGCAUCUGUGGAGCAAAACUCCACAAGUGUACUGGCGGCAACCUACUGCAUUUGGCCCAAUGCCUGGUCCACGACAAGAUUCGAGGGGAGCAGUACGGAAAGCCGAUCACUCCACGUUUGUCACGGCAAGCAUCAAGUUCAAGACGAGUCGGACGCUGGUUCAGAACUUAUUCCCGCACGGGAAGGAGAGGAGGAGCGCAUGGGGCUUUACCAUCCCUGGGAGCGUGGCGUACGCGAGUUUCAGCCAGACAACGCUGAACAAGAUGGAUUGGUUGGGCGGCGGGGGGUAUAACCAUAUGGGUCUUUACAUCCAUGGCGUGCAGUAUACAAAAAAAGACGGGACGGUGUUGAAAGGAGCGUACAUGCCGAUCCUGUUCGAGAACCUGGCCGACCCCAUCGUCAGUGGGAGGGAAGAACUGGGUAUGCCGAAGCUUUACUCGUCGGUCGAUGUCCACCGACGGCAGGACUCGUCGUACUUCAUCAACACCAGCUGGCAGGGCGCAAACUGGGGUCGUUUUCGACUCACAGGAUUGCAACCCCAAGGAACAGGCCAGGCUGCCACGUCAGGAGGCCACGUCGGCGGCGGCGGAGACGAAGGCAUUCUAGUACACAGAUACAUGCCGACCGUCGGGGGAUCUCACAAAGGGAUACCAGCCGAGGAGUACGCAGCGUACGUGUCCUUCAAAGACGAGAAGCCUGAACCUCGUGUCGAGAGGACGUGGAUGGCUUCUGCUGCGAGCUUCGACAUUGACCCUAUGGACUGGGCUGCUCUACCGACCCUGCAACAUAUCAUUGCUAGGCUUGCAGAGAUUCCGGUCUACGAGAUCGUCGAGGCAAAGGUUGUCGAGGGCACUGGAGUGCCGGAUGUUGCUUCGGCGGUUAGGAUCGAAUAG